ACCCCUUCAAUUCAUUAAUUCCUUGGAAAUAUCCCACUGAAAUCUCCUUUUCCCGCUUUUUUUAGGACGGAACCAGCUCUGACAAGAGGAAAAAUCAUCCACAGGGCAAUUCCCAGCUAUCCCAAAAACCAUGGAAAAUCCAAAUUAUCCCAACACUUAUUCCCCCUCGAUUUCCCCAUGAUUUUCCACACCUUUAAAGCCUCAAAUCCCGUCUUUAGCAGGGAAUUUUUUGGGGAUUAUUUUUCCAAAUUCCUCGGCUCAGCCAGGAAUUUUUUCCAGCCUGCAUGGACAGAGCAACCUUUGCCUGUUCCACCGCUUUUUUCCGGGAUUUUGGGAAUUCUUCUCCGGGUGCUCUCCCCGGGGGCCACGUGGAUUUUAUUGACAAAGCCGAUUCCUUCACUUAUUCCGAUUUUUUCCGGGAUUAUCUCAUUCCCAACCAUCCCUGCAUUUUCUCGGCCAAGUUCACCGAGGAUUGGGGCAGCAGGAAAAAUUGGGUGACCUGGGAUGGGAAACCCAACUUUGAGCAUCUCCUGCAGAAGUUUGGAGAAGCCGUGGUGCCCGUUGCCAACUGCGAUGUCAAGGAGUACAAUUCCAACCCCAAGGAGCAGCUGCCCUUCAAGGAAUACGUGGAAUAUUGGCGGGAAUACAUCAGGAACGGCUACCGCUCCUCCCGGGGCUGCCUCUACCUCAAGGACUGGCACCUGAGCAGGGCUUUUCCAGAGCAGGAUGUUUACACCACUCCCGUGUAUUUUUCCUCGGAUUGGCUCAACGAAUAUUGGGAUGCCGUGGCCGUGGAUGAUUUUAGGUUCGUCUACAUGGGACCCAAGGGAUCCUGGACGCCGUUCCACGCCGACGUCUUCCGCUCUUACAGCUGGUCAGCCAACAUCUGUGGCAGGAAGAGAUGGCUCCUGUAUCCCGCGGGACAGGAGGAAUUCCUGAAGGAUCGCCACGGGAAUCUCCCCUUCGACGUGACGGCUCCGGAUCUUCGGGAUAAGAGGAUUUAUCCGCGCUACAGCCAGAGCCAGCCCCCUCUGGAAAUCCUCCAGGAAGCCGGAGAGAUCGUCUUCAUUCCCAGUGGAUGGCACCACCAGGUUUAUAACCUGGAAUUCUACAACUUCCUCAAAGUCAUCGCGGAAAACCGGAUUUCCAUCCUGGAGAAGGGCCUGGACGAGGAAUCCUCAUCCCAGAACAAUUCCAAAGCCGCCAUUUCCACCUUGGGAAUGCUGCACGCCGUGUUUGACCUGAAGAGGACGGUGAAGGUGCUGAGCUCGUUAAGCGCUAACGAGGAUUUCCGGAAGCUGGAUCUGACUUCCCUGUCUCCUUCUCCAGAGGCUCUGCUCCAGCACCUGGAAUCCGCCAUCGACACGGCCCUGCUCUGAAUUCCCACUUUUCCAAGCUUUUUUCCAAAGGGUUUGGAGGAAACGGACUUGGACAAGAGCUUUACUCCAGCAGGAGGAGGGAGAACAUUUGGGAAGGAGGGAGAACAUUCCCAAAGUGCUGAGUGGUUUGGAGGAAUUAGGGAAAAAACCCUCCCAGCCAGAGGAAAAUCCCAAACUUCCUCAGGAUUCUGUGCAGGUGCUCAGGGAACAAAUUCCCUCUGGAUCAUCUGGCGUUGGAAUGAAGCAAAUUCCCUGUGCUUAAGCUCAGCUUUGUUACAACCUCUCCUACUUCCAGCUGCAGCUCAGCUUUUCCAUCUUUUUUUUUAGGGAAUUCCAGCUGGUGAGUUCCAUGGAAGCCUGAGCUGGAGCCAGCACCUGGAAUCUGCCAUAGACAUGGCCCUGCUUGGAAUUCCCACUUUUCCAAGCUUUUUUCCAAAGGGUUUGGAGGAAACGGAUUUGGACAAGAGCUUUAUUCCAGCAGGAGGAGGGAGAACCUUUGGGAAGGAGGGAGAACAUUCCCAAAGUGCUGAGUGGUUUGGAGGAAUUAGGGAAAAAACCAUCCCCAGCCAAAGGAAAAUCCCAAACUUCCUUAGGAUUGUGAGCAUCACUCAGGGAAAAAAUUCCCUCUGGAUCAUCUGGCGUUGGAAUGAAGCAAAUUCCCUGUGCUUAAGCUCAGCUUUGUUAAAACCUCUCCUACUUCCAGCUGCAGCUCAGCUUUUCCAUCUUUUUUUUUGGGAAUUCCAGCUGGUGAAUUCCGUGGAGCUGGAGCCUGGAUUUGGGAAUGUUGAUUCCCUGUCUUCCAAAGUGGGAUUUCCAAAGCUGAGACGCUCAGGAUUAAAUUUAAUUCAGCUCCGAGCGAAACCUGCCUUGACUCAUCCCAAUAAAAAGCAGGAAUGGGAAUGUGCUCCCAAAAUUCUAUCCCAAGGCCCAAAAUUCCCUCCAGGAAAAGUUGUGAGUGGUUUGGAGGAAUUAGGAAAAAAAAAAAUCAUCCCAACUAAAGGAAAAUCCCGAAUAUUUUAGGAUUCUGAGCAGGCACUCAGGAAAAAAAUUCCUUGUGGAAUUUUUUGUGGAUCCAGCACUUCCUGCACACUUCCACAGCACAAUUCCCACCCAGACUAUUCCCAGUGGAACCUCCCCCUCCUGCUUUUCCUUGGAAAAAUCAAAAACCUGGAAGCACAAAUGGCUGCACACUGUUACCUUCAGGCCUUGCUUGAAUUCUUCCCGAAACUAAAACCGAGAAAAACCUGGAAUUUCAGGAAGUUUUAGGAAAUCAAACUGAAAAUCCACCUCGUUUUCCUUGAAUUCCUUGGAAUUUUUACCCCCCCCUGCACUUUGCAUGUCCUUUUCCAGUAGGAAUUUUGCAUUUUUUUCUUCAUGCCCAAAAUUAUCAAGGAGCCGUUUUUCCUUAAUUUAGGAAAUUCCCGGAUUCUUGAAGACGACAAAGAUUGGAAUAAGGAGCAUGCGGAGCCUGGAAUCUUCAAAAUUCCAAGAGUUUUAUUUAAAUAAAAAUUCCUGGCAAACAUCCA